AUGCCCAGACCUUCCCUCGACUUCGACGCUCGCGCUGCAAGCGAGCCGCUUCUCCGCACUACCAACGCUGCACGCAGACAUUUGACCGGUUUCUGGGAUGGAUUUGUCGAUUUUGCUUUUAAUGAUAAUGUGUUGCAUGUUGCUAUUGGUUUGAUCAUAGCACAAUCUUUCACAGCGCUAAUAACAUCCCUCGUCUCAUGUGUUCUACUGCCACCGCUCUCUCUCUUGCCCUUCCUCAACAAGAAUCUAGAUGAGAAAUUUGCGGUUCUACGACCCGGUCCUCACUAUGGCGGUGUUCUUCAUAACCAUACUGAGAUUGGUGAUGGAGUCGGUGAGGGACUGGAAGGAAACGGAACUGUGAUUAUGCGGAUGGGUAUGGAAUUUUUGUAUGGUGCGGGGUAUAAUACGCUUAAACAGGCUUUGGAUGAUGGGGCUAUUGUUUUGGCUUGGGGGCCCAAAGAUGCGUAUUCUGUACCUCCUGGCAAGACGGCCGCGAAGACCUUCGCUCAGAUCUUCGAACUACACCCAUUUGCCUUUGAAAUUGAUACCCGAGAUUAUGACUCAUUAGAGUAG